GGUGCAAAGAUGGGAUUUUGCUUUAAUUCUGUUUGGAAAGUCCCAUAAGCCCCCCCUCCCCCACCAACAAAUUGGCUCAUUUCAGGAAUUUGGCUAUUUCAUGAUCCUUGAUAAUGCUGCUACACAAAAUGAGUAACAAAUGUAACCAUUUUUAGAGUGGGAUGCUUUUAGCUACCAGAGCAGUUCACCUUGCCUAAAUGUAUCACCGCUAUAGUCCUUGAGGGACUUGAACUCACAACCAUCAGGUUUAGGACUGCCUCCUUAAUUGCCACAAGAGCAGCUUCCCUAUAUUGAUUUAACUUAUCCAUGGUAUUUUAUCCUAAGAAAGGAACCUUACCAUGUAUCUGUGCUGGGGUGCUCUUGGUCUACAUUUCAAGCUUAUAAUUUAUAGAUCUGUACGAUCUGGGUUCUACUGCAUUUUAUGUACUUGCAUGGAAAGCCCAUUGUACCUUAUAAGUUUUGUCUGGGACGGCAUUCUUGUGUCUUUGUUCUACAGUCUGCAGGUUGCGUACGUACAGAAUAUUUCAUAAUAUACUAUAGUUUAUGUUCAUAGUGCUGCGAUGGGCUGGCCCCCUGUCCUGGGUUGUUCCCUGCCUCAUGCCCAUAGCUUCCGGGUUAGGUUCUGGAACCCCUCCCGCAACCUAGAAGGAUAAGUGGUUUGGAAAACGGAUGGAUGGAUGUUCAUAGUAAGAAGUUUGUUUACCAUUUCUGUAACGCAGUUGUGUGCAGUGAGCCUUUACUUCAUGCAAACCACUUGACUAGGUUCUUCUGUCCCUUAAAACUGGGUAAUGGAUUGUCACAGUGUUUCAGUAAUCUGGAAGUAUUAGGUCUAGGUCCGAGUCUAGUUUCAUUCUGCCUUUUUCGGUUAGUUCUGGCGAGUGUUAAUCGCAUCCCUUGCAUUGCACCAUCUAAAGUGCUGGUAUCAACUGCUGAUACCAGAGCUAAACUGCAGCACCUGCGGCUUUGCCUUUCUGCCCACUAUUGUUUCGUUCCACGUUGCUGGCUGGUGAAAUGCUUCCAACGUGUCCGUGUUAAACUAGUGCCCUCCAUUUGUAAACAAAGCCCAGUGGUGACUUAUGGCUGGUGGUCAGCUUUGUGCGUGUGCACAGUGUUUGGCAGUGUGUAUCAAAGCUCUGUCAUCGUCUUCGGCUCCUCCGGUAGCCUUAGAGGCACCAUUGGCGUUGCCGUCGCUAUUACUUGCAUCAGCGUGUCGGUGGUUUAACAGUAGUCAUGGUGACCGUUGUUUCACUGGUGAAAAUUGUUGCAAAUGAGCUUUAGAUGUUGGCGAAAUGGAAAAGGGUGGGCCAAUUUUUUUUUUUUGUCAAAUUUUCAGAAUGGCAUGUCUCCUUAUACUGAAUUUUCAAACAAAUCUGUUUCUAUAGCAACUAAAUAGAGGCUGCAGAGGUAAAGGGAGGGGGGAAUGAAAGCAUAAGAGGGGAGUGAGGAAAAAGACUAUUUGUGCGGGAGGCACGGACAUUUGGGGGUUGGAUUAAAAGGCUGGAUGCUUCAUGCUUUUGGGUGUUUUUAGGUGUAUUUGUAUGUGUUCCAGGGGAGUGCUUUGGAAGGUGGGGGUGGAUGUAUUGUCUGAGGUGGAGGUAGACUGGGUUGGAUGGAAAGGCAGCAUGGCUACCAUAGAAUUUUCUAGACACUGCCUCCCUACCACUCAAUGAAAUUACUGUGAAUACUUUUUUUCGCCUCCUUUGAUUAUUUAAUAGUCCGUGGACUGAACAAUGAAUUAAAUAAUUCAUGAUUAAGCCUAAUUAAGUCAAGCACUAAUUUAUAUGAUUGCUCGAGGUGCAGAAUUUGAGGUGCAAAAAUUAAAAAUCAUAUUUUACAUUUUAGCUGCAUAAAUGUACCCAUAACAAUUUUGUUAAAAGAUCAGUGGUUUUUAGCUGUUGUUAUAAGUAAUAUCUAGAUCGUUCUUUUAAACCCUAAUUUAUUAAACAUAAUAAAAAACCCAUCGGUUAGGAGGUUGACUUGGGUGUGGAGUCAGGGCGGGUCAGCAGAGUUCACAAGCGCCAGUGACUGUGAGAGUCUCACCCUGCAAGACACUAAGAGGUGGGUGAUUAUGUCUGGUCGGCGCGGACAGUUUGCUGACGCUCCCUAUUGUUUGCCUCCCUGUCUGGCCGGGCAUCGUCACUCCCUCGUACCGCUGACGACCCAAAGGCGACCCUUGACUGCGAGUGUGACCCAGCAGGGCCAUCCCGGUGUCUUCCUGCCUUCCAGUCACGGGGCAGACCCCUUAGCCUCUUUCUGGCAGCGCCGUGGUGUGCAGGGACAGAGCGGACACCCUCCUUUCUGCAGGCGGCACCUGGACGCCGCUAAUUUGCCUGUUAGAUUGAUGUCUGUUUAUUGCCCCUAGAAUGUCUCCUGAGAGGAGAUGAAGGGUCGCUCUGAUUCCAUGAGCAUCUCUCUCAGUGUUACUUCAGUCUUACGUAGUGUUGCUCUAGUCUUGCUCUUGUUUUGACCCAGUCUUGGCCAAAUAAGCUUCAGGGUUUUUUUUUUUAACUGGUUCCUUGCAUACCUGCUGUGUUUCUGUUGACUCUCUCCAUCAAUCUUUGCCAUUUGUACCCUUUCUUUUUAGUUGCCUUCCUUUUCUGUUACCAUAGUGACUGCAUGUUCCCUCUUUCCCUCUUUAACAUCUCCAUUCUGUCCCUGUUCUGCUCUCAGCCAUACCUAUCGCAUGUUAGUUACCAUGACAAUGCCUCUUCCCUCACACACCUGUUCACUGCGUGCUUGUCCCCUUCGCUUUACCUAUCUUCUCCUUACUUUCCGCUCCUCUUCCUUCUCCUUGAUCGAUCCCGUCUCAUAUCUCUCGUCUCCUUUUAUUCAUUCCCCUCUUUCUCCCUUUCUCAGUUUUUUUUUCCCUCUAAUCACUGUCCGGUGUCCCUCCCUGAUUCUCAUCUCUUGUUUUAAAAAGGGAAACGAAAUGAAAUACUUAGCAAGAGUAAGGCGUGAGAGUGGUUGUCAUGGCAAGAUUAGACAACAGUGUCAUAACAAUAGACAUAACAAAGAGAGAAAGUAUUUUCACAGUCCACAACUAUUGUUACAUGUACAUGGUUCCAGUUGACUCUGGACUAGAGGAAAUCGGUCAGAGUAAAAAUGGCUUUCAAGUCCAUUGACUGACAUGACUAAGCAUGACCUAUGGAUGGCCCGCUUUUCCCAGGAACCCGCUGACCAGUCUGUGGUUCUGGGCCAAAGGGCAGUUCUGUCCUGCGUGGUGUUCAACUACACGGGCAUUGUGCAGUGGACCAAGGACGGCCUCGCCCUGGGUAUCGGACAUGACCUGCGAGCCUGGCCCAGGUACCGCGUGCUGCGUGGGAUGGAGGUGGGCCAGCACGACCUGGAGAUCUCGGCAGCAGAGCUGUCGGACGACUCUCUGUACGAGUGCCAGGCCACCGAGGAAGCGCUCCGUUCCCGGCGAGCGAAGCUCACUGUACUGAUUCCCCCAGGAGACCCAGUGAUACAUGGGGGUCCACAGGUGCUGCUGAGGGCCGGCGUGGCCUACAACCUGAGCUGUGUUUCCCGUGGGGCCAAACCACCUGCUCUCAUACACUGGGAGAAGGACGGCAUGCUGCUGGAGGGGGACUUUAACAUCACGGAGGUGCUGAUGGACAGAAAGAGGACAACCACCCGCAGUUUCCUGCCCAUCCUGCCAGUGGACACGGACACAGGUCACAACUUUACCUGUGUGACCAGGAACCCAGCAGCACCUGCGGGGAAGCGCACAACCGUGUCCCUUAACGUGCACUACAAACCCACGGUGACACUCUCUGUAGACCCUCGCUCUGUGCUACAAGGAGAGAGAGUCGCAUUUACUUGCCAGGCGAGCGCCAAUCCCCCUGUUAUGAGCUACAGGUGGGCAAAGGGUGGCAUUCUCCUGGAGGGCGCCAGGGAGAGUGUGUUUGUGACCACGGCGGACCACUCCCUCUUCACCGAGCCCGUAUCCUGCCAGGUCUUCAACGCUGUGGGGAGCACCAACGUCAGCGUCCUGGUGGAUGUUCACUUUGGCCCUCUUCUGCUAGUGGAGCCCAGCCCGGUGACGGCGGAUGUCGACUCUGACGUCACGUUGAACUGCAAGUGGUCCAGCAACCCCCCUCUUAUCCUUACCUGGACCAAGAAGGGCUCCAAUGUGGUACUUGGUAAUAGUAACCAGCUAUUUCUGAGGUCUGUGAGUCAAGAUGAUGCCGGGCAGUACAUUUGCAAGGCCAUUGUACCCCAAAUCGGAGUUGGAGAACGGGAGAUCACUCUCACGGUCAAUGGUCCUCCAAUCAUUUCCAGCGAGCCCAUCCAGUAUGCAGUGAGAGGGGAAAGAGGACAGAUAAAGUGUUACAUCGCCAGUACCCCUCCCCCAGAUAAAAUUGUGUGGGCAUGGAAUGAGGACGAGUGGGAGAAGGAAAGGUAUAGGGUGGAGCAGACCACCUUGCCAGAUGGGGGGGUACUCUCCACUCUCUCCAUCGCUAGUGUCAUGGACUCAGACUUCCACUCUCCUUACAAUUGCACGGCUUGGAACAGCUUUGGACCUGGCUCCAUGAUCAUCACCCUGCAGGAGAACGAGAAAGUACCGGUAGGGAUAAUAGCCGGCGGUACUGUGGGAUCCUGCAUCCUGGUUCUGCUCUGUCUCCUGGCCCUGGUUCUGUAUCUCUGCCGCCAACACAAAGGCAGUCGCGGAGUGGUGAUUCUGGGGAAGCCAGAUAUAAGAGUGGAAACUAUCAACAAGGAAACUCCCAGUCUAGAGGAAGACUCUUCAGGUUUAUCCACAGCAUCACGCGUGGUCAAGGCCAUGUAUUCAUUUUUGCCAUCAGUCUCCCUCUCUCCCUCUGAUCAGUCUUUUAAGGAUGACAUUGACCUCAAGAAGGAGCUACGCAGUGACACACUUGAUACUUGUGGAGAAUAUGAGCUUAAGGACCCGACAAAUGGGUACUACAAUGUACGAGCCAACCCCCAUGAAGAGCCGCAGGCCUCCUCAUGCUCCAUGAUGUAUCCGGAAUACCGGCCUGCCAACACCGCUAGCGGGGCUGUGGCAGCCAGCGGGGGGGAGAGCGCUGCUGGAGGGGCCACUGGAGGAGCAAGGGCUGGCUGCUAUGACCCUCGACCCCCGUCCAGAUUGUCCCACACAAACUAUGCCCAGUUCAGCACCUUCACAAGGGCAGGCCAGUCUCAGCCAGCUCCAUCCAACCCAGUCCCCCAGAUGGGUGAGUUCUCCAGGGACUGCAACCUCCUGGAGCCCUCCACGCAGCUAUCCUACGAUAGCUACAGCUACCCGGCCCAGUACCCAUACCGCCUGGGCUUCACCCCCCUGGAGGGAGGGCCCUCCUACGAGAUGUAUGGGGCACAGGCAGGAGCAGGGCCAGCAGCGGGUCUGGGGACAGAGACUGGAUUUGGGAAGUUUGGCAGCUCCAGCCGGUUCUCCUACACCUCACAACAUUCAGACUAUAAACACAGGCACAACCAGAGGAUGCAGACCCACGUGUGAAGGGAAGCAAGCCAAGGGAAGCUCAUGCUGCACCCCUUCACUUCACUCCUUCACCGGUUCUUUGUGUUGUGCGUCGAUUCCCCAUCUCUAAUUCGUAGGAACCACACUUAGAAGGAAACGAGCAAAAUUUUGUUAAUGAAUUUGGCAUAUAAGAACAAGUGGCACAUAGUUAUUGUUACACACAUAAGUGUCAGCGGGAGUGACAGAUAAUAGCAGAUCAUAAUUAUGAUGGGGAGUUAUGAGAGUACGAGUCUUUGUUCUCUUCUAUGUUGGGCUCUUUCUAAGGAGAAACACCUGAAAGCUGUUUGUAAAGGUAGCAAUUUUUAAUUCUUAAAAUCACAAGCUGUUUGCAAGAACAAAAUCUGACAGCUGUGUCCAUGCUUUAUAACCGCAAGCUUCUUCCUAGGUCUAAACUGAAUAGCCAAUAUUAGACAGUACAACCAGCCGCUGCUUCUAUGGACUGCAUACGACUAAGCCGUUGUGCAGGAAAUAAGUACAGAAAACUAUUAUGAAUUACACAAGAUUUGUCAGUCCUGGGAUUGAUUUGUGUGAAGGACUAGGGUAUCCUGCCUUUUUUUCUCACUGUCAGCUCAUCUCUAACCCUCUUCCCCUCUCUCUCUAUCAUGUCUUUACUCCAUUUAUUCAUUUCUACUCUUCCCCAUUUUCUCCUUGACCUCUCUGCUUAUGAGCUUGGAAUAGUUGUGCUACUGGGUUUUGCACACAUGUGCAGAUAGGAAUUAGGCAACAUAACAAAUAGUUUAAACCGGAGAAAGGGAGGCGGUCUUUGGGAUAGAUAGUAAGGUUUUUUAGGAGGUAAAGAAAGCUAUUUAUCAUACUUUAUCAUUCAUCUUAAUAUAAACACAUCCUCUGUCCCAUAAACAUUUGUGGUGCUUAAGAGGCCAAACACUCAUUAUUUCUCUAUUUAUGUGGAGUUGGAGAUCUGGACAUCCAGAAUGUGUUUUUUUUAACCAAAACUUGUCUGUAAUAUUCUCUUCAUUACUGUUCUGUUCUUUGUUGUUGUUCUUGUUGUUGACACAGUUGCACUCUAUUUUGAAGUCCUUAUUGUUUAGAAAAGAAAUGUUUGUUCUGAAUGUGUUUAUAAUUUUUCACUUCAGUUGUUUUUCAUAGCCAUGAACUUUAUUGAAUUUUUUCUAAUGUCUUAUGGUAUGUGAUUAUUUUUUCACAGUAUUAUAUAAAUAAAAUCCACAUCUUUCAUAAAA